AUGCCACGGUCUAAUGGCGCUGUAAAGAACACGUAUGUCAACAACCGUUUAUUAUUUCACUGGUUUCUACGCAAACCGACGUUCGGUUUGUGGGAAAAUAUAGCCCAGUGUUCAGUGCGCCGUAUCACCGUCUCCGUCAAAAAAAGGAACAUCCCAACAGAUUUGAAAUUAAAAAGUUUUGCGGUGACCGAGCCUAGAGCUGAAGAUCUGAUUUAUGAAGCAGGGAAGACAACUUACAUCAACAUAACAGUGACAAUAUGGAAUGUUGGGGACGCAGAACUCCCAGAGAAUGAAGUGAGAAAUAACUUUGGUCUGAUGGUGUACUUAGCGAAGAGCCAAAAUUUUGAAGAUGUUCUCCCGGUGGAUACUUCAGCCAUAUUGGACGAGUCCCAAUAUUUACAACAGACGUCGAUACCCAACUCCGAUGACGUCACGUUAUUCAUGAAUGCAUCGAUUACCAUACCUGUUGAGUCAUGUGACCAGUACACCGUGCUAUGUGUUGAAAUCACCAUUUACGACAGCAGUAACACCUACUUAGAUGGGAAUACUGUGAAUAAUUAUAAAUGCCAAAGUAUGGAGGCAAACAGGACAUGUCUUUCAGAUUUAACUGUCGCAGGUUUGUUUAUCCAGAAUUCAACCAAUCAGAAAUACACCCCUGGGAAGACAACCUGGGUGAACUUCGACCUUAUAAUAAAAAAUGCUGGCACAGAAAGUAUUCCCAACUCUACAGACACUGAUUCAACAAACUUUAACGUGAAGCUGACACUGACAAACAACCAAGAUUAUGAGUCUGCCGAUUCAUGGACCAAUAUAGAGGUGAAUACAAAUUACACAUAUGCUGAGACUCUACAGUAUGGCAUUGGUGCAGGAGAGAAUAUCACUAUCACAGACUUAACGGCGCCAAUCAACAUUCAUCCUGCCAACUGUGAAGACAUCCAUUGGUUAUGUGCAAGGGUGUUCAAGCCAACUAAUCGUUACUAUGGUGAUGCAUUGACAAAUAACAAUGAUUACUGCAUAGCAUUUGGUGAGGAUGGGAACACAGCAGGGGAGAAACUUGCAUGCGAUGCCAAUUCCGUCCAUUCGCUGUCCAACAUUGUCAUCUAUCUCUUGCUGCAGAUGGUAGCAUCAAAUAUUAUUCUGUAA